AUGGCUGGAAAUCGCCGUUCGGCUCGAUUAUCCGGCAUCUACACACAAGAAUCACCAGAUCGCGAGCUCUUCGACCCAAUUUAUCCAGAUUUAAUGAAACAUGCGAGCGUUUCAAGUACCAUUGCGCCUUUAAAAAUCCAAAAUGACGGAAGUGUACAUGCGACAACUGAAAAGUGAGUUUUGACUAGAAAUCUGCAAAAUUCUGGAAAUUUUCAGAGCUUCUAGUGAUGAGGAGGAUUUUGGUGAAAAUUCGGCCGCCGAUACGAGUUUUUCGUCAAAAUCUUCACGUUCGACGGCAGUACCACCUAGAUUUUCGCCAUCACGCCAAAGAUCGCUACGAGACCCCCAGCCAGUUUCAGAAGAUCAAAAUCUGAAAUUCAUCUAUUUCACCGGGAUUCUGGUGGUGGUUUUGGGUGCGCUGUUGGCCUAUAAAUUCUCGUUGAGAGAUGGUCCGGCUGGAAAUCGAGGGGUUUUCGAGAAAUUCGAACGGAAUUUGAAGUUUGUGACGAAUUCGACGGAAAAUCGAGUGGUUUUGAGGGUUAUUGGAAGAAAGGUAGAUAGUGCUCGAAAUCGGCUGAAAUAAAUUCUGUCUGAAAAUCCCGAAUUUCUCAUCGGAAAAUGCAGGUUUACUUGUGUUUUCAAAUGAAAAAUCAACGAUUUUUAGACAAAAUUUCAUUGGAAAUAUAGAAAUUUGUCAUUUUCGCGCUGAAAAUUUGGCUGGAAAUCGGAUUUUUGACAUGUUCUUCAAUGAAUUUGUGAAAUUUCUGAUUUUCAGCCAAAUUUUCAGCUCAACCAGAUGAAGUUUUGUCUGAAAAUCCCGAAUUUCUCAUCGGAAAAUGCAGGUUUACUUGUGUUUUCAAAUGAAAAAUCAACGAUUUUCAGACAAAAUUUCAGAAUUCGAAAUGUAUUCAAAAAAUACUCUGAAAUUGUCGUUUUCCAAUUGGAAAUAUGCGAAAAUUCAGGUUUUCCUGCAUAUUUUGAAAUGGAAAAUGGCAGAGAUGCGGAAGCUAUGCCCAAUUUUUGAAUUGUCAUUUUUGUACUGAAAAUUUGGCUGGAAAUCAGAUUUUUGACAUAUUCUCAACAGAAUUUGUAAAAUUUCUGAUUUUCAACCAAAUUUUCAGCGCAAAAAUGGCAGAGAUGCGGAAGCUAUGCCCAAUUUUUUGCAGACCUUCCUCGACGAAUCCGAAAGUCCCCUCGCAAUUGUUGUUUCUGGCCAGCAGGCUCGCGAAUUCGCUGCCAAUUUUCAGCGAAUUGUUCGCGAAUCGCAAGCGUCGGCGAAAAUCGCGACUUCAGAAUCGCAACCAAUUGAAAUCACUGAAAAUAUGGAUCGAGCUGAAAUUCAUGAGAAUUUGUUGAAAGGUAGCUUAAAAUUCUUCAAUUUUCAUGAAUUUUGGCUUAAAAUCUGCCAAAUUUCACGAUUUUCAGCAUAAAAUGACGAUUUUCAGCGCUCACCGCUCAAAAAUUCAAAUCUCGCGCCGUCGUCGUGAAUGAUAUUGAUUUAUUGAAGUGGGAUGCCGUGCUGGCGAUUCACGCUUUUGCAGAUCAUGAAACUUUUCCCGUGCCCAAAAGUUUGCUCAUUUUUACGACUAAAGAUAAUAUGAGCAAUGAUGGAACGGGAUGUGAUGAAAAUGUGGCAAAGUGAGUGGUUUUGGGUGGUUUUUGGCUGAAAAUUUGAAAAAAUCGGCGAAUUUCAAGCCUGGAUUGUGAAAAUCUGGAAAAAAUGGUAAAGUCCCCCAAACUGCAAAAAUUAGAUUUUUUUUGCAGUUCGGAUUACGGUAUCUGGAAAAAUCGUGGAAAUUCAGCCUACAGUAGCUCAGACUGCAAAAUGUUAUAGUUUUGCAGUUUGGAUUACUGUAGCCUUAGAACUGCAAUAUUAUAUUAUUAAUAUUUGAGAAAAAAAGAAAUACAGUACUUCGAACUGCAAAAAAUCUAAAAAACUUAUAGCUACAGUAAUCCGAACUGCAAAAAUUCUCAUUCAUCUUGCAGUUCUUUGGAACUUGAAAAAAAGUGAAAUCAAAAAUACAGUAAUCCGAACUGCAAAAAUUCACAAAAUCUUACAGCUACAGUAAUCCGAACUGCAAAACUCGUUGUUCUCUUGCAGUUUGGGUUACUGUACCUCAAAAACCAUGAUUUUUACAGUAAUCCGAACUGCAAAACUCGCUGUUCUCUUGCAGUUUGGGUUACUGUACCUCUCCUAAACCUGAUUUUUACAGUAAUCCGAACUGCAAAACUCGCUGUUCUCUUGCAGUUCGGGUUACUGUACCUCUCCUAAACCUGAUUUUUACAGUAAUCCGAACUGCAAAACUCGCUGUUUUCUUGCAGUUCGGGUUACUGUACCUCAAAAAACUGCAGAUUUUCCCAAUUUUUCCCCUAAAAAUUAUCGAUUUUUUUCAGCCAUCUGAGCUCAAAAUGGAAAACGAUCGGAGCCAACGAAGAUAACAUAAGUCCAAUAAUUUCCCGAAUCUCAUAUUAUAUUUGUGUCUGA